AUGGAGACCCAGCAAAUCCUAUCACCAUUCACCGCGACUUACUUGAAAAGUGGCAUUCACGCAGUCGCAAAGACGGUACGUUUUCUCUUUGUGCCUUGUAAAUCAUUUUCACAAACGUACGGAUCUUUUAAAACAAGAACUUUAUUUUAUUUCAAAUCAGUGUUUUGAUAUCACUUGUGGUAGUGUUUUGUCAUACAAACAUUCACGGUAAAACAACAUUUUAUUAAGCGUUUUUUAAGAGUUUCUGUUUUUUCUCACAAGUUGGUGAUUACAACAGUUUACCGGGAAUUUUUACAGGGAACACUUCUAGGAUUGUUUACUUGUAGAAUUUUCUUUCAGUAUAAUUGUAUCCCUGACGGAUGCAAUAGAUGUCUACCCCCACCCUAGUCUAAACUGUUACCAGUAGUCUGCGGAAUAGUUAACAUACUGUCUUUUACGGUUAGUUUUUGGAGUGUAUAUCAAGCUACAUAUUUCACAGGAUUCUGAAUGAAAUUAUUUUCUCGUGCUUGGCUCCUCAUCAUGUCAUAGUCAUUUCUUAUAGCAAAAUCAAGCUUUAUAUGGCCUAGCCUUAUUUGGUUUAUAGUUAUUUUUUAUUUUCCUCCAAAUCUAUUAUAAAUUGGCAACCACUUGCUCAGUUUAUCCAGUUGGUUCAGUUGGUUUACCUAUGGAGAGCAAGUCCUCAAGUCCAGUAUAUAUUUUCAAGUCUCCCACAGAUGUGUAUUUAUCAAUAACAUUUGGUAUGUUACAUUAUUUCCUAUUUCUUUAUUAUUUUAUGCCUUUUAGUUUGGUUUAGUUGCUUUCUAUUUCCUUAGUUUGUAGCAAUUUUGUUCUUAUAAUUUAGCCGCAUUUUCAAUAGCUUUCUGUUUAGAGUGUUUAUCUCAUUUGACCUUUAGUCUCGCACAACAAAUAAUUUGCCUGUUAAACAUUCUGCUAUUGUUCUCACCAAUAGUUACUGUAUCAUUGCUUACCUUUGUUUCUAAUCAUUUUCUGUAACUGUUCCCUUGUAUUCAAUCCAUUUUUGUUCCAAUUAUCUUUUUGUCAUUGCUAUUUUCGUAAUUUAGUUUCAUUGUUCCAGUUAGUAUUAGCUUAGUAAUGCUCUAUUGUUAUGCAAGACACGUAAUCCGAAUCCCUGGUUUUUGUCUAUUUUGCACUUCAUGUAAUGUUCUCAGAUUAUACUCAGCUUUUGGUUUGUUAACAUUUUUAAGUCACUUUUAUAGUUUCUUAAGUAAUCUUAAUUGCACUUUUUUACAUGCAAUUUAUUAGAGAGCAUUACGUAAUCAGCUAUCUAGUCUUAUUCUUGUUUCUAAUAUUUAGCUUAUAAAUACUUUUUAGCUUAUUGUAGUUUUUACUCUAUUUUUGUAUUUUAGUUUCUCAUUCCCGUUUUUGUUUGAUCAAUAAAUUCAUAAAACUUAAGCUCAAAUCUGUUGUUCUUGUGUCGACCGUUUGGCCGUCUUACAUUUUGGUGUCAGAAGUGGGAUUUGAGCAAAUCUUAAGUAGACAAAAACGGGAACGAGCUAACAAAUAGGAUGACAGAAGCCCAGAUAAACGAGCUUACUGACAUGUUGGCAGCAUUAGAGCAGCAGCUUCAGAACCAGAAUGGUCCUAGCGCAUCUGCCUCUGAUUCGAGUUCCGCAAACCCUGGCCAGAUCACAGUGAAAGUGCACAGAGAGCGCAAACUUAGGAAGUUUGCUGGCAGCCGUGACGAUAGCAUGCUGGAAGAGUGGAUUGGGGACACCACCCAGGCCAUCGCUGGACAAACAGAUGCUGAUGGCAUGGACUUUUUGCUCGAACAACCUGGACAGUGUAGCCAAGGAAGAGGUCCGCCUACACCCAGCUGA